GUUGCUUUCCUCCCUACCUACUGCACUACGGACAGAUCCAGAGCGGAGAAGGGCAGCACAGCAGACCUCCUAAAGAGGACAGAGAAGCGAAGUUCCCAAUUGCCCAGAGAGCCGCCGGCGCCCACCCUGCAGUGGCGAACCUCACGAGAGAGAGAGACACAGAGAGAGAGAGAGUUGGAUUGGAUCUUGAGGAAUCGUGGGCCUCCCGAGAUGGUGACGAAAACAGAGGAGGCGCAGCUGAGCAGGCUCGAGAGCCAGGUCGAUAAUGGCGGAGGCGGGGCCUGGGAUUUCCUCUGCCUCGUCAGGAAGCUCAAGGUCCGCCGCUCCGACAAGGUCUUGAAGCACGGCCUCUCCCUCCUCAAAGACCCCAGGAAGCGAUCGGCCCUCGGUCCUGACGAGUGGACUCUGUAUGAGCAGGUAGCAAUUGCAGCAAUUGACUGUCAUUCCCUUGAAGUUGCAAAGGACUGCAUAAAGGCGUUACAGAAGAGGUUUCCUGAAAGCAAAAGAGUUGGGAGACUGGAGGGCAUGUUGCUUGAAGCAAAGGGAUCGUGGUCUGAGGCUGAGAAGGCUUACUCAAGUUUGCUGGAGGAGAAUCCUUUUGAUCAAGUGGUGCACAAGCGGAAGAUCGCAAUGGCAAAGGCCCAAGGCAACAUUACUGUUGCCAUUGAAUUGCUCAAUAAAUAUCUUGAGACAUUUAUGGCAGAUCAUGAUGCUUGGAGAGAACUUGCUGAGAUAUAUGUCUCCUUGCAAAUGUACAAGCAAGCAGCAUUCUGUUAUGAGGAGCUAAUAUUAUCUCAGCCCACGAACCCUUUGUAUCACCUCACUUAUGCUGACGUGCUUUACACAAUUGGUGGGCAAGAAAACCUUCAGACGGCAAAGAAAUACUAUGCAUCCACUAUACAGUUGACUGGAGGGAAGAACCGGAGAGCACUUUUUGGUGUUUGCUUGUGCACCUCUGCGAUUUCUCAGCUCUCGAAAGGACGUAACAAGGAGGAUAAUGGGACCGAGUUGCAGUCUCUUGCGGCAACAGCAUUGGAGAAAGACUACAAGCAGAGAGCUCCUGAUAAGCUUCAGCUUCUGACUUCUGCAUUAAAGAGCCUGCGAGUAUCUUCUUAGUUACAUUUGUGACGGCCUCUGAAGGUUAAUUUGCCUGGAUCCAGAGAUUUCGGCUUCGACUUCCUGAUCAGUUGUUUACACCAAUCUGAAAAUGCCUCGGGAUUUAAAUUAUUUCAGCGCUUACCUGAUAAAUGAGAAUUUAUUAUUACAUAAGGGAAUGGGAGUAUACGAUGUAUUCUUUGAGGAAAUGUAUGGAUUUUAAGAUUGCCGUAAUUAAGUAUUAAUUAUGGCUCGUUUAGUAUGUUGGAAUAGCAGGAUUUACGACACUUAUUUGAUAUUAUCUUCCUCAGAA